AUGAUUGGUAAUGAAAAGAAACUCAAACAUAAAAGAAGCAUCACCAUGCCAGGCCUGAUCAACAAGGAGAGACAGAAUGCUCUGCCUCUCAGUGUCUCCGAGAUCACUUCCUGUGUCAGAGGUUACACUCUAGCCCUGACAGCAUCCAUGACCUACAACAACUUUGAGGACCAUCCUAUUGAAGGUAUCUUCAUUUACCCACUGGAAGAAUGCUCUACCGUUGUGGGAUUCGAGGCUAUGAUCUCCAGCCAAAUAAUAACAGUGCAAAUCAAAGACAAGUCCAAGAUGGAUGACUGUUACUUUGAUUGCUGCACUACAGCUAAUGGAGCCCUUCAGAGUGGCAGUGGACAGAUAGUGCUGGACGAGGACUUGGAGAGGACGGUGUUGGUGGUGAAUCUGGGGGUCAUCCCACCUCUGGAGACAGUCAACGUGCUGGUCAGCACCUCCUCUGAGCUGCCCACCUUGCCGGACGGGGGAAUCCGUGUCACGUCACCCUCCGUGUGCACCCCGAGGGUCCAGAGGACCAUCAACGAGGAGCAGGGACUCUCCCCCAACUUCCAGAACAGAACGAGGGACAGGCAUAAUUGUGCCCUGGGUCCACAUGAACAGACACCCAUAAAUCCCCAGCUGUGCAUGGCCCUGCUACUGGAGGAAGAGGCCAUCAACUCCAUCGACUAUGAGUUUAGCUUCCAGCUGGAGAUCAGAGCCCCCUAUCUCCUUGCAGGUGUGGAGAGCCCCUCUCAUGCGAUCCGGGCCGACGCAGACCCCCUGGCCCGCUCAGCCACCAGUGUUGUCAUCACCCUGGCUGACAAAUACACCUACGACUGCCCUGUGGAGAUCCUCAUCUACCCCAGCGAUCCUCAUCUGCCACAUGUGCUGAUUGAGGAUGGAGACAUGACACUGGAGGAGUACGAUGAUCACCUCGCGGGGAAGAGUGACUUCAUCAAGGCCACCAAGAAGGACUCCAGCAAUGAAAAGAAAGUGGAUAUCAUUCGUAAGCGUCUCCACAAGGACAUCCUUCACAACCCUGUGGUCAUGCUCAACUUCUGCCCAGACCUCAAGUCCAUGACCUCUGACCUGAGGAAGGUGCAUGGAGAGUACAUCUUCCUCAUUGACCGCAGUGGGAGCAUGAGCGGGGUCAACAUCAGCCGUGUCAAGGAUGCCAUGGUGGUGAUUCUGAAGAGCCUUGUGCCUGCCAGCCUCUUCAACAUCAUUGGCUUUGGCUCCACAUUCAAAACACUGUUUACUACCAGUCAGAGCUAUGAUGAGGAAACAGUAACCAUGGCUUGUGAGUACAUCAAGAAGAUCCGAGCUGACAUGGGCGGCACCAAUAUCCUGGCACCGCUCAAAUGGAUCCUGAGGCAACCAAUGCACGCAGGUCAUCCUCGCAUGCUCUUCCUGCUCACGGACGGGGCUGUCAACAACACAGGGAAGGUCAUCGAGCUGGUCCGCAGCCAUGCCCGCUACACCAGGUGCUACACCUUCGGCAUCGGUCAGAGUGCUUGCAGGAGACUGAUGACAGGACUGGCAGCCGUUUCCAAAGGAACGGCAGAGUUCUUGGCAGAAGGGGAGAGACUGCAACCCAAGAUUAUUAAGUCGCUGAAGAAGACCAUGGCCCCAGUGCUGAGUGACAUAGCCAUCGACUGGUUGUUCCCUGACACCAAGGAGGUGUUGCUCUCCCCAGUGGGCUCCACAUUCCUGUUCCCUGGGGACUGUUUGAUUGGCUACAGCGUGGUGUGCGACACCACGCGCUACCAUCCCGAUCCCAAAUCUGAUAAAAGGAGGCGAUACAGUAUGAUGCAUUCCAAUGUGUCAGCUAGCUCCGUGUUUUACCACUCCCAAGAGGAGGACCCAGAGACGACUACAGGCUUCUCUGACGGUCCAGGGAUGCACAGGGACAUACACUCCAGCCUGCCGUUGGACUCCUAUCUGGACUCCAUGUCAGAAAGCAGCUCUGGCCCCACAGAACACAAAGCCAUGGGAAUAGAGAACAAAACGCCACCUAGAAGACGUGUGUAUAGCACCAGCCAGAUAGUGGAAUACAACCAAAACAUGAAGAAGACCUGCACUCCCAGUGACCCCAGCUCUGUAGAGGGGAAGAACCCACUGAGGAGAGCUAAGGUCCAGGAGCUGAAUGGACAGACCAGCCCUGACUAUGGAGCACAGUGGAAGACUGAAUACCACCCACAGCUAGUGAACCUGUGUGCCACAUCUGCCACGGGUUCCAGGGAGCGCCCUGCCAACGGCGCUUCUCACACACCCUCCCCCCAUCUGGAGUGGGCUCCCCAAGAGGUGGACCCAGAGCAGGCCCAGCCCCCCGCCUCCAACCUGCAGGCCGAAGCCACCAGGAGCAGGGCUGACCCAGAGCACGCUCCAGGAGGAACCAAGAGCACCGGUUGGGAGGACUGCUCCUCCUCCACUGACCCUUCUGUCGGCAGCUUAGGAGACGCAGACUGCUACCCCAAUCAGCUGUGUGAGAUAGAACCCCCCCAGGAGCCUCCAGCCACGCCAGACCUGAACACCACCCCAGACUGUCAGGAGGUGGUGAAGGGGGACUGUAAGGCCGUGGUGUCGGGCCUGCUCUGCGGGAAACCAGUCAAGUGGGAGGUGACCUUUGACAUAAACCCCUACCUGAAGGGCAGAGAGCGGGAAGAGAAAGUUCACGAGGAACUGUGGAACGAAACGUUCCAUCAUCUGGCUGGACGUUCCAUUAUUCAGGAUUUUGAAAACAUGGCAGAUAAGGAGUGUGAGAUUGAGCAUGGUUCUGGCAGAAGAUGCCAGUUGUAUGCCAUCCACACCAGCAAGGCCUGUAACAUUCUCAGUAAAUACACUGCAUUUGUCCCUGUUGAUCUGGACACUAAUGAAUAUCUACAGACCUUAAUCGACUACAUCAACCCAGGUGAGGGUCUGAAGUGGGGCUCUCGCUCGGGGAGCAGGAAGAACCAGGUUUACUCCAUCGGACUGGGCCGCUCCCAGUCUGGCUGCAUGUCAGAGGAGGCUGAGGACGGGCAUCUAUACCCCAGUGUGGAAGAUGGGGCCUCUCCGUGCAGCACCCCCUCAUCCUCUGGCUGGGAAAGAAGCAGCUUUACAAAUGCCCCCCAGAGGAGCCCGUCUGUGACCUCAGACCAAUCACAGAAGUUGGUGGAGAGCCUCUUCUCAGCCAGACUGACUCUCAGCCGGACAAGACUCCUGACCCGGGCUGCCAGGGGCUUCAUGUUUGGCUCAAACAGCAAAACCAGCAACUCUGUAGGGGAGAGCGAGAAUGAAAAAAAAGACUACAUUCCUCUGGUGUCCUUACAGUUGGCGUGUGGUGCGUUCUGCCUGGACAGCGCUCUGUGUGAGGCCAUCAAUGUGCACAUGGACAAGCUGAAGUGGACAUCUCCCUUCACCAGCCACCGGAUCAGUCUGAGUCACCACGUCUCCCACUCAGCCAGUUGCCACUCAGACAGCAGCACUGCAGAGGACAGCCACAAGUCCACCUCUCCGUCUCCAUUUGAGAGCUCAGCUAAGGUAACAGAGACCAGCCUGGCAGGCCACCACCAGACUGGAGACCUGGCUGUCAGCAGCCACAGCCAGACGGGCCAAGGCCCCUCACACCUGGCCAGGAGUCUCCGGAUGGAGGGUGGGCCAGGAUCUUCUCUUUUCUUCCUGGGCGGCCCCUCCACCCCUACCACCUACGCCGAGCCCCCUCUCUACCCUCAUUCCCUGACUGACGGCGGACGGGGCUCGGAGUCGGAGAGUGUGGAAACACCCCCAGCAGCGCCCCUUGGGUCUGAGAAGAGGCUGGAUACGGAGGGCAUGGUGUGGGCCACGGCUGUAGCCCUGGCCUGGCUGGAGCACAGUUCGGCCAGCUACUUCAUAGAGUGGGAGCUGAUAGCAGCUAAGGCUAGCAUGUGGCUCAGUGCCCAGAGCAUCCCUGAAGGAAAGGACUUAGCCUCGGUCAAGUCUGCUGCCAACCAGCUCUUUAUCAUCCUCAGACACUGGGACGAGAACCUGCAGCUCAACAUGCUCUGCUACAACCCCAACAGUGUCUGAUCGCAUCGCAUGCACCGUCCUCCACCACGACAUAUCCAACUAUGCUAACUGACUAACGCUUUACAAACAAAAAAAUUGUAUUUGCUGUUCUGAUGAUUUUGUUAUGUGAGGUUGUUGUGAGCAUUGUGUAGUUGGAUUAAUCAUGUUGUGAUAACUUCUAAACAUGUCAGAAGCUUCUCAGAGGCAUGCUUGUUGUCUCCAUGUGGAUGGAUACAGACCAUGCAUUCACUAGCUAUGGGUCAGUGAAAGAAAUCCGAAGUGUUCGCGUAAACGUGCUGUAAAGUUACUUGCUGACUGUUUACAUAUUUGAGAGAAAAUAUAUGUUUUGUUUGUGUUUAAUAUGUCCAUCAUAUUGAUGUCCAAUGAUGAGAGAAUCUGCCAAAACAAUACCAAUUAUUAAUAUUGCAUCUAAUGUGUUUGCUCGUCACCAUCAUUUCAAAACCCAUAUUGUGAUAUAAGAAUGAGCCUGGUAGCAGAUCUGUUUGUGCCGUUUUGCCAACUUUGCGAACUCCUCUUCUCAUGUUUAAUGUGUUUUUAUUGUAUUUUCAUCAGCCAUAAGUGCCUAACAAUGAUCCAACACAAACAACGAUUGGUUAUCUGGAAUACGUAUUUGGAUGUUUUGCUGAUGUCAUGCAUUGUCCAUUCAUCAACAUGUUGUUUGACAUACUGUAUUAAUUGUGUUUCCUUAUAAGAAAAUGCUCAGCAGGUUUUCUUUGUAGAUGUUUUCGUAGUUCUGAAUAAUUUGAUAUAAACGUUUUCCUUGGUCCUUGUUAUCUUUUACAAGGCAUUGUGCUUUGCUCUCAUAUUUACUCAUAAACUUGUGUUGUUUUACUCAGGUAAUAUUAUUUUCCUCAGGCUUUGACAUUGCAUCCAUCCCGCUGCAUGGAAACCAGGUGUUUGUGUUUUAAAAGAUGUAUCAACAGUUGGAGCAAAGCAAUUCCCCCACAGUCAACCUAUUCUGCUGCAUUUGGCUGUCGGAGAUGAGAUCUAUGGUGUGUCUUAAAUGUCUCCCUAUUCCCUUUAUAGUGCACUAUAUUUGACCAGGGCUCUGGUCAAAAGUAUCUCACUGCAUAGGGGAUAAGGUGCCAUUUGGGACGCAUCUCUAGAAAUGUCAUAAUGUAAUUGUGAUCUGUAUAAGCUUAUUGUGGUUGUGGUGGCUGGCUUUACUUGUGAGAAGUUGUAUUUUUCAUGUUUCGAGGUCAAACAUACUCUACAUGACCAAAAGUAUGUGGACACCUCCUUGUCAAACAUUUCAUUCCAAAAUCAUGGGCAUUAAUAUGGAGUCGGUCCCCCAUUUGCUGCUAUAACAGCUUUCACUGUUCUGAGAAGGCUUUCCACUAGAUCAUUGCUGCAGAGACUUGCUUCCAUUCAGCCACAAGAGCAUUAGUGAGGUCGGACACUGAUGUUGGGCAAUUAGGCCUGGCUUGCAAUCUGCUUUCCAAUUAAUCUCAAAGGUAUUCGUUGGAGUUGAGGUCAGGGCUCUGUGCAGGCCAGUUAAGUUCUUGUACACGGCAUUGUCAUGCUGAAACAGGAAAGGGCCUUUCCCAAACUGUUGCCACAAAAUUGUAAGCACAGAAUCGUCUAGAAUGUCAUUGUAUGAUGUAUCGUUAAGAUUUCCCUUCACUGGAACUAAUGGGCCUAGCCCGAACCAUGAAAAACAGCCCCAGACCAUUAUUCCUCCUCCACCAAAAUGUUGUUUGCACUAUGGUAGCAUUCUCCUGGCAUCCACCAAACCCAGAUUCAUCCGUCGAACUGCCAGAUGGUGAAGCGUGAUUCAUCACUCCAGAGAACGCGUUCCCACUGCAGACAAUUUUUAUGUGUUACGCGCUUCAGCACUUGGCGGUCCCGUUCUGUGAGCUUGUGUGGCCUACCACUUCGCGGCUGAGCCGUUGUUGCUCCUAGACUUUUCCACUUCACCAUAACAGCACUUACAGUUGACCGGGGCAGCUCUAGCAGGGCAGAAAUUUGGCGAACUGACUUGUUGGAAAGGUGGCAUCCUAUGACGGUGCCACAUUGAAAGUCACUGAGCUCUUAGGCCAUUCUACUGACAAUGUUUGUCUAUGGAGAUUGCAUGGCUGUGUGCUCAAUUUUAUCCACCUGUCAGCAAUGGGUGUUGCUGAAAUCCAAAUCCACUCAUUUGAAAAGGUGUACACAUACUUUUAUAUAUAUGUAGUGUACCUCGCCAUUGCUGCUGUGUGUUUUGAAAAGAUUGUUGACUGUUUGUUUGGGGCUGCAUGUAAUAAAAUGUGUUUACU